AUGGAGUCAAACUACGCGACCGAAUGCGGCACCGAGUGCGGCCGGCCCCCGCUGUCCCCGCUGCCCAGCACUCUGCGGUGCUGCCCCAGAGACGACACCGUCUGCACGUACUGCGGCGUCUCCUACUUGGUGCUCCACGAGAUCGCAGAUCUCGAGGCCAAAAUUCUGUUGCUUGAGAAAAAUCAGGACGGGGAUGGUGAGGUGGAGUGGGCGCGUGGCGCGCUGCAGGCAGCCUGCCAAGCCCUGGUGCAACGGGAGCUCAGCAGCGCCCGGGCCAGCGCCGAGUCCCGCAUCCAGGCCCUGGCCGAGGUGUACGACCAGGAGCGCGAGGAGAGCCGCGAGCAGCAGCGCCAGGUACUGGAGCGCUCGCGCGCGCUCUGGGAGGCCACGCACGGCUUGGCGGAGCGGCUCUUCACCUCGGUGGAGGCCGGCGACGGCGGCGGGGGUAGCGGGGGCGGCAUGAGCGCGCUCGAGUACCUGGACGGCGCGUCGCGCUGCAUGGCCGCGCUGGACAGCACGCUGCGCUCCUCGUCUGUCACGGCUGAGGAGCUGCAGUCCGCACUGAGGCGCGCGCGCCAGGCCGAGACGGACCUGGUGCAGGCGCGUGUGCAGACCGCGCUCCGCCGCCUGGAGAGCAACGCCCAGCGCAGCUCGGAGGAGCGGCAGGCCCUGGCCGACGCGCUGCAGAAGGCGCGGUGA